CGCGUUUCCGGCGAGUCGGGUCAAUUGCGAGGAUUUCUGCGUCCGUCGAGGUGGAAGCGCGCGCGAUCUCGUCGCCGAGGAAGUCGCGGUAAAUCGAGUCCGAUUUUUUGCCGUCCGCCCCGCGGCCGAUCGCCCCCCGAUCGCGUUCACGUCGCGACCCGACGAAUCGACGAAGGUGGCAGGUCGCCUCCGCUUGUCCGCCCCAGAGGAACGCCAUUGUGAGCCGUAGCGACUGUGCCGUGCGGUGAGUGUACCGUUCAUUUUCACGUGCAUUCGCCGUCCACCCGGGAAAAUUUUGUACUCGCGUCGAGACCGAGGGCCGCGCCGGGCGGAGUCGACGAAACGUGACACUUCCUGACAUCGAUCAAGUCUACGGAAAAAUUAACAGUAACAAAAAUGGCAAACGAACCCGAUAUGCCCACCUUCAAGUGCGUGCUCGUCGGCGAUGGUGGUACCGGUAAGACCACCUUCGUUAAACGGCAUCUGACCGGUGAAUUCGAAAAGAAGUACGUCGCCACUCUGGGUGUAGAGGUGCAUCCGCUCAUCUUCCACACCAAUCGUGGACCGAUCCGUUUCAACGUCUGGGAUACGGCCGGUCAGGAAAAGUUCGGAGGUCUUCGCGAUGGCUAUUAUAUUCAAGGACAGUGCGCCGUAAUUAUGUUCGAUGUCACAUCUAGAGUGACGUAUAAAAAUGUACCCAACUGGCACAGAGAUCUGGUCCGUGUCUGCGAAAACAUACCGAUUGUUCUCUGCGGUAACAAAGUCGACAUCAAGGAUAGGAAAGUAAAGGCCAAGAGCAUCGUGUUUCACAGGAAGAAGAAUCUACAGUACUACGACAUCAGUGCAAAAAGUAAUUACAACUUUGAAAAACCUUUUCUCUGGUUGGCACGCAAGUUAAUCGGAGAUCCAAAUUUGGAAUUUGUCGCUAUGCCUGCGCUACUGCCGCCGGAAGUUACUAUGGAUCCACAGUGGCAGCAACAGAUCGAGAAAGAUCUCAAGGAAGCUCAAGAAACGGCAUUACCAGAAGACGACGAAGACCUUUAGUUUAUUUAAUACUGUGGUUGUGGCCUUUACGGAGAGUAAGGCCUACUAUACGAGUGUCCCUUGGAUGUACCGCGCACUCGUGUUUCUUUAUAUAGAGAUCGAAGAUUCUUUCUUUGGAGAAAAUAAUUACAUAUUUACAAAAGCAAUUAUUUAGUUCAAUAAACAUUAUUCUGGAUAAUUUUGAUGUAA